UAUAACAGUCUGCCAUCUUAACACGCGCAAAACUUCUUUCCCUCAACGGAGAGGGGAGGGGAGGUAAUCUGUGGAGGCCGAGACGUACAGUAUCUGCAAGUUAAUCAUCAUGGCCAGAAGAAGAUAUUCGUUGAAGGACAGAAUCGAAGGGAACAUGGACGCCCUCUGUAGAGUGGUGCACCCCAGGCGACUGUUCAUGGAUCUCAGUCCGCAUCUGCAUGAACUAGAUCGGAAAAAACUUCGCAAGGAACUAAAAAGAGAUGAAGAGAUAGAUGAACUGAUGGUAUACGACAUCAUCGAUGCUCUUCAGAAACUAAGCAAAUGGCCCCAAAUUCUACUGACAGCUUUUCGUAAAGGCAAUCAGACAGAAGCUCUUGAAAUAAUUGGAGAACCCAUUGACGAGAAUCAUGAUCUGAAAGAGCAGCGAGAAAAGGAAAGUCCAAGGUAUGUACGGGAACCAUCACCUGGGGCCCAUACUCGACUCACCAACAGUGAGUCCCAAAACAACUUUUUGUCUGGCGAUUAUCAACUCUCUCUCGAAGAUAAUACAAAGCAAGAAGGCGGGAAUUGGAAUGAGAUUUCAGGCAAGACACCAAACUGUCCAAGCGAAGACUUGUUUAUGGACACGAGCCCAGGCGACACGGAGGACUCUGCACCUUGUCCUGCAAACUCAGAGCAGCGAGACACUGAGAGGCCAGAAUACUCUCGCAGACCUACAUCUCUGGAAUAUUCCCAGGUUAAUAACACUACCAUUAUACACAAUGGUCCACUAACUGUGAACGUUAAGCAGGUCAGAAAUCUUGAAAUUGCAAACCAAAGCUUUCAGAGUAGUAUCAGUACUUCUGACAUGGAUUCGGCAUCACACGAUGAGUCUUUUCAAAGCAUCGACGUGCAGUCUGCACAGCAAACUGCCACAGAGGUCUCGCAUGAAACAUCUCAGAAGAUGCCGAUAGCAACAACGACAGAAAUGUCUCCAUUAGAAGAACAAAGCUUCGAUCGCCUUACCCACAGAAGUGAAAGCUUUGAACUUGGUGACACGAGCAGCGUGAGGGAGGCAAUAGCCAAUCGGCCGGCGUCCUCACCCAGUGGAACCAACCCCUACUCCUGGCAAACUGGAACACACACACAGCUCAUGCUGCUGAAAAGCUUUGACGAGGCGAACAUUUCAGAGAGGACAUUUCCAGCCACUGAAUCUCCUUCGGAAUCAAAUUUACCUUUUGCGUCGAUCGCGGUCCUUCGUGUGGCCGACACGAGCUUCUGUGUGGCAGCGAGUUCACAGUCCUGCGCGGUAUCAAAACCCGGUCUUGCUGCUGUGGACACCAACUCCAUGCAUCUUCAUGGGUCCCCCUCUGCUCACUCAAGCGCCCUUCAACAGGUUCCAGUGACUGAAAUACUUGACCUCGAGUCUUUUACGGAAAGUCGUUCCACCACGCCGGUGCCCGUACAGGAAGACGACCGCAGGUCAUCUCCAGUUAUCCAUCUGAUACAGCCUGGGUGCGAAGACAUGAAUGCUCACCUCUUGAAUGCACAAGUCGAGGCAGAAGAGCCAAGACUGGAAAGGGUUCGGCCUUCAAAUGGUCUGCGCCGGUAUGCCGCCGAUAAGGACAACCUAGAACCGGAGACUUUUCAGUCAAAAUGUGAAUCGAACAGUGAAUGGUCUUGUUCCAGUGUGCUCAGCUUGGUCAGCCGUGGUCACGAAAACCCUUUGCCAGAAGCCGAACAGAAUAAACAGUGUAAAGAACUUUCCGAAAAUUAUCUGUCAACUGGACUAGAGAACGCGACUGUUGAAGCAGCAAGUCCAGUCAAAAAUCUCGAAACUAGUGUCGAAACUAGUAAGAAUAAGGGGCCGAUAAAAAACACAAAAAAGUAUAAGAGACGUAAGAAAUCAAGGAAAUAACAUCGAGCGAAAUAAACGCGCGCGCGCACACACACACACCACGCACACACAUAUAUGUACUGUGUGGAUGACGCAUUUUUUUACUUGUCGGAUCCACUAGCAUAGGGUACAGGUUAAGGUACUUUCAUAUAAUAAGGCUGACAUGCUGUUAAUAUGACAUGCAUAUUUACAGCUGCUACUUAAAUUUUCAUUUUGACGAGACAAGGAGGGCACCUGUAGGUAUGUCGGCGCAAUGCAAAGCCACAAGCAGCAGCAACUGUUAUUAUUAAACAUAAAAGCUACGUCGAACUAUUGAUAUUUAUAAUGCAUUGUUAGUAUCAAACAUAAGUGUACAUAAAGUCAUCAUGUGCUGGCACAUUUUGCAUUCUAUACCUGUUUACGCAUUCAUCCAACAAGUUAGCUUUGAAACAACAUUGUUCCUUGUUGCAUGGAAGGCCCUCUCGAUGCUCCGCAGAAGAGUUGGUGGUGCACGGACCGUUAGUCUUCAUCGCUCUUGUCAGUUACCUCUACCUUGCACAGACUUGGAAACAUAAACUCUAGGAAUAGAGACGACUAUGUCCAGAACAGUGCCUAGUGUCGUGGCCGAACAACUUCUCACCCUCACAUGGAACCCCGCGUCCAUAAUACAACGGCCACUGGUAGAAUGAUCGUUACUCUACACUGUGAUAAAAGUGGUAUUGCACAUCUCUUGGCAAGACGUCUAUACCAAACAGUCACUACACCCAGAACUGCGCAAUCGCUGCAGAGGCUUGUCAAAGUCAACCAGCCUUGUCAAAGUCCUUCUUUACGACCUGUACCCUCCAAUAAUUCGGUGGUGAAGAGUGGAUUCGAGAUCCGGCACCUCUAAUUCUGCAGCAUCCCCUACUACUAGAGAUGUGUGAAGCGCUCGCAGGCCCCACUUCCUCGGGAUCGCACCCGGCUUUGAUGGACCCUUUGACUAGCUAUUGUCCCCUUACACUUCGCAUAAUCGUGAUGUUAGUCAUUCGCUUGACCCUCGUGUUAUUUCGUGACAUGCAUCACUGUUCGGUUGCACAUGCGUAGCGUGACUGUCCAAUUCAGGGUACGUCUAGCCCUGAGCUGACGUCAGAGUACAUUAUGUCUACCCAGGUCAGUAAGUUUCAGUUUCGUUCGGUCUCUGAGAAAUACCUUAGUAGAACACGUGCCGCUGACACACUUCUUUAAAAAAAAAACAAACUUGCAGCCUCUGCCUCAUAGAUUAAAUAUGUCCAAAGCCUGUGAACUAAUCACUCAACAUCGUGAACUCAUUAUGGCUUUGUUGGCUUACGCCGACCUUUUUUUUUUGUGUGUGUGUGUGCUACUUAGAUAAACAGCUCUGAACUAAAAUAGACGUGUACAGACAUCAGUUACUUUAAAACAUGAUUACGAUAUUUAUAUAAUAUUCGCGCGUGCUACGGUCUGCAUAGUCUUAGUUCGUGUGUAAGAAUUUUAAGAACUUUUAGAAAACACAAUUGUAUUUUUCUCCAAACUACGAAGCCGUGAAGUUCAAGUUUAUGUAACAUCUGUCAACGCUGUUUCAGUAGAAAGUCGUCAAUGCCUUCCUCUAUGAAAAUGGUAACUUACUGGUAAAUAUUUUAGCUUUUUUCUUCAUGAAACAAUCGGUAGGAUUUGUGUCUUCAUGCUGCAAUGUGUUGCAUACUGUUUGAUAUAUUUAUAUAUACUUCCGUGCAAGACAUAUGAAUGUAUAAUGCACAAUACAACUCAAAUAGCCUUAUAAUGAUGGGCUGUAAAUAUCAUUAACUAAUUUUGUAAAACGUCUUGAGCAGCAUCAUGAUUAUUGUUGUUUUUGUUUUAUUAUAAUUACUACAACUACUACUGCUUCUAUUAUUUCUUAUGGUCAGGAUGAAAACUCCUUGCGUGUACAUAAUAACUAUAAGCCCUUGUGUACAUUAAACAGAAUAAUUAAGAUUAUGGCGUAUGUGUAUACUAUCGGUGGUCAGCAUGUUUCAGUUUCUGUUUCGGCAAGCUAAAAAUAGCGCUUACGUUUUGUCUCUUAGUCUUUCACAAUUAAAGAAAUGAAUCGUU